AUGGUUGAUCAUCGAAUCCAUCCUUCCCUAUCAGAGGGGAUUAGGUACGAGUUACUACAAUUUUGUCAGAACACAACAAUACGGGGUGUUCCGAGAAUAGUAAAAGCACGAAACAAGACCCUACAAACUUUAUGGAUUGUAUUCGAAGUGCUUCUGUUUUUCGGAUGUUUUGUUUGCAUGUUCUUUCUGGCUAGGCAAUACUUGGCCUAUGAUGUUAUUCAUCCUCCUAGAGUACUGCGAGAUAGUCCUUCACCGUUCCCCUCAAUAACUAUAUGUAAUCUUCGUCCUAUUUCUUCAAAAGGAAUUGAAAACCUAUCUAUGCAGAGAUUAAAGGUGCCUCGAACCUUCGCUGAAGACGUCAACGCUGCUGCAGCCUACUUUUACUAUCAUAGGAAUCUAAAGGAGAAAUAUCAGUAUGUUACUUCAGCUCUCUCGAUGGGCGGAUAUUUAGAGAGCUUGCCAGAAGGAGUGGCUUCUACGCUAGGACACUCUUUAAAUGAUACAAUAAUUUAUUGCAUGGUAAGUAAUCAGUUUAAUUAA